AUAAUGGUCAAGUAAGUUUUGGCCGAUGCUGGGUGAGUUUGGAUUCCAAUUUCCGGACUCUGGAACCGAAACAAGCUCAGAAAGAGGGACAAUGAAGAUAGUAACUUACAACGUGAAUGGCUUAAGACAGCGCAUAGCGCAGUUCGGCUCUCUUCGGAAUCUGCUGAAUUCGUUCGACGCUGAUAUUAUCUGCCUUCAGGAAACAAAGCUGAGGAGGCAGGAAGUGACAGCGGAUUUGGUCAUGGCUGACGGAUACGAAUCAUUCUUUUCGUGCACCCGUACCUCUGAUAGAGGUCGAACUGGAUAUUCCGGCGUUGCCACGUUUUGUCGCGUAAAAUCGGCGUUUUCAAGUGACGAAGUAGCGUUGCCCUUAGCGGCUGAGGAAGGAUUCACAGGUCUUAAUGGAAACUCUCUCCCUGGGAAAAAUGAAUUGCCUUUCUUCAUGGAAGGCCUACUAGGGUUUUCCAAUGAGGAGCUUCUUAGUGUUGAUAGUGAGGGACGUUGCAUCAUCACCGAUCAUGGUCACUUUGUUCUUUUCAAUUUGUAUGGGCCUCGAGCUGAAAGUGAUGACUCAGAGAGGAUUCAGUUUAAGCAUAACUUUUUCAAAAUAUUGCAGAAAAGAUGGGAGUCUCUCCUGCUUCAAGGAAGGAGAAUAUUUGUUGUUGGUGAUCUCAACAUUGCACCACAAGCAAUAGAUCGCUGUGAAGCAGGACCUGAUUUUGAGGAUAAUGAAUUUAGAAGAUGGUUCAGGUCUAUGCUACUUGAAAAUGGUGGCCAAUUUUUUGAUGUUUUCAGAGCAAAGCAUCCUGAUAGAAAGGAAGCAUAUACUUGUUGGCCCCAAAAUACAGGGGCUGAAGUAUUUAACUUUGGGACAAGAAUUGACCAUAUUCUGUGUGCGGGAUCAUGCUUGCAUGAAGCAGAUGACCUGGGAGGCCAUAAUUUUAUAAGAUGCCAUGUUAAGGAGUGUGACAUUUUGUCACAGUAUAAACGAUGCAAACCUGGAAGCAGCCUGAGUGCCCAGAGGUGGAAAGGUCGAAGCAUUAAACUUGAAGGAUCUGAUCAUGCUCCAGUUUAUGUUACUUUACAUGAAAUACCUAAUCUCUCUCUGCAUAGUACUCCCUCCUUAUCUGCCAGAUAUGAUCCCAUGGUUCGUGGUUUGCAGCAAACACUAGUGUCUGUGUUGACAAGAAGACAAGUUUCUGAACAAAUGAAAUCUUGCAAGACGUCAGGCUUGAUUUCAGGUGAAGACAUUGUCAGUUGGAGAAGUUGUGAAAGAGUAAAAGAAUCAUUCGACAGCAGGGGUUUGUCUGUCAUGACCACCAGUGAAUGUGAUGUGCCUUCAAGCCAAGAUUCAGAAACUAGUCUUGAAUCAAACAAGCAGUCUGGUGGUUCUUCUCAGGAGGCUGUUUGUAACAAUUUAGUUUCAUUGGGCAUUGAAUAUGAUAAAGCAAUGCCUGGAAAAGGUACUCAACCUAAGAAAAAAGCGAGAAGUAGUGUAGGGUCCCAACUUUCAUUGAUGUCCUUUUUCAAAAAAAGUGCAAACGUUGACAGUGCAGAAUCCUCACAACUUGACCAUCACCCAAAUGAAGCGUCUGCAGUGGUUGAUCAGAGUGGCGGUUCCAAGCAACAUGAGUUGUGUACGGACGUCUGUGAAGAUGUAUCUAAAUUUACUGAUGAUUCUGCGAGGAAAGAAACUAGUAAUGUGGCUUUAUUGGAGUGGCAGAGAAUACAACAGUUGAUGCAAAAUAGCAUACCGCUUUGCAAGGGUCAUAAGGAACCUUGUAUUGCUCGAGUGGUGAAGAAACAAGGUCCUAAUUUUGGUCGCAGAUUCUAUGUUUGUGCUCGUGCUGAGGGACCUGCAUCCAAUCCCGAAGCAAACUGUGGUUAUUUUAAAUGGGCUACAUCAAAAUCCAGGAACUGAUUCUCAAUUUGAUGUUCUGAUUGAAGGGAUGAGAACCUAACUAUUGCCCUCUUCCUAACUGAUUUGUAGCUGACAUCCCAGUUUUGCAAAAUUGCGGUCAAAUUUGUGUAGUUUCUUUCUGCGAUUUCUGACAUUUUAUUAUUCAAUAUUCACAAAAUGGUUUUGUAAACUUUAUUCAUUCGAACUAGCACACGCAGCUUGUGCAUAAGGCCAUGUGUGGUUAUUAAUUUAAAAGUGAAACUCUGAGGUCUCAAAAUAAGGGUCAUUUUACAGUUCUAGUAAGUUUAACGGUUUAAUGUUCGUCGAUGGUAAUAAGGGUAUGCCGGGAUAUUUGCCGACGUUUUCUGUUCUA